AUGAGUGCUUUAAGCCCCAAGAUAGAGGACUUUUCUACCAGGACCUACGGCACCGGGGGCCUGGACAACAGACCUCUGUUCGGGGAGACGUCGGCCAAGGAUUGAAUCAUCAAUUUAGUUGUUGGCAGCUUAACAUGCUUACUGAUUCUAGUAACGCUGAUCAGUGCUUUUGUUUUCCCUCAACUACCUCCAAAACCACUGAAUAUAUUUUUUGCUGUCUGCAUUUCUUUGAGUAGUAUUACUGCCUGCAUACUUAUCUACUGGUAUCGACAAGGAGACUUAGAACCGAAAUUUAGAAAUCUAAUUUACUAUAUCUUAUUUUCUAUCAUCAUGUUAUGUAUAUGUGCGAACCUGUACUUCCAUGAUGUGGGAAAGUGAGGCUGCCAAGGAGAAAUCCUUACCAGGUCUUUUCAAAGCUAUAUGUAUUAGGACUGUGAAGACAAGCUGGAUAAGGACUGCUGAAGAAUUCCUGCAGACAUCUGGUACAUGAUUUUCAUGUUAACUGUAAAUCUAAAUUCCCUCUUGUGGGGUAAACAUAUAAUAAACGAAUUUGCUUAUUCUUUAA